UGGGAAGAAAGAAAUAGCAGAGUUUUUAACCUUUAAUACUACUAAACAUUAAACAAGUAAAGUGAGUGAGUGAAUUUUGAGUGAGGCAUAAACACAAACAGUAGGAAGACAGAAAAUGAGUGAAGGUGAUCAAACUCCGAAGCUCUUCACCAACAAGCCCCGAAAAGAGCAAAUCAAGCGCCACCAGAAACAGGCGCCGAUGGGCACCCAGACGGCGGCUGCUGCUGCUACUGCUCCUCCGCCGCCGCCGCCACCGCCGAAGGAGUCUUUUUUCCGGCGCCACAAGUUUCUUUUGCCUGUGCUUUUGGCUGUGAAUCUCGCCAUUGGAGUUAUGUAUUUUAGGACAAAUAAGAAAGAUACUGGUGUUGAAGAAGAAGAAGAUGCAAGUUCCAUCUCAACCAAAGAUGCUACUUCUCAUGUUACAGAAACGACUGUGACCUUACCACCCAUCACAACUCCUGUGAUCAAACAGGAACCGAUCCCUGAGGACCAACAGCGCGAACUCUUCAAGUGGAUACUGGAAGAGAAGAGGAAGAUCAAACCAAAAGAUGCAGAUGAGAAAAAGCGAAUUGACGAAGAGAAAGCGCUACUUAAACAGUUCAUUAGGUCCAAAUCUAUCCCUCAUAUCUAAGGUUAUGUGUCUUUACGAAGCUCUUGUCCUCAAAUGUAACAGAAUCAAUUCCUCCGAAGCUGCUUCAAUUUAUUUCUUCUGUUUUACUUGUUUGUUGAUAUAUUUUAGACUGUACAUUUGUUGAAAAUUGAAUUAGCCAACUUACUUAAUGGAACAAAGAUCUGUUGUAAUUGUAUUUGUUGAGAACUGAUAUUUUCACACUGCUAUUACUAAAUUUGAUACGUGAUCA